UUCACGACACAAGUCCAACCGCAGAUCUUCUCUGGGAGCCACUCGAGUCAUUGCACUGAAGUGGCCAGGAUUAGUGGCCACAUUUUGCUACCUUCUUCUCUCCAUUUCCAGCGAAUGAAAAUGCGGAAAUUUGUGCUGUGGAGUUAGAAGAUCGUCACGUUCUUGGUGGUUUUGUUGGGGGAGAACGAGGAUGCCGACAUCAAGAUGUGACUGCGGAAGUUUCCUGUUCGGAAUUGUCUUCCUGGCCACAGCAAUUCAUUUCACAGUAGCAUAUUUGGUGAUUGUGGAUGAAUUGGAACCACCCGGAACGGUUAUUUUCAAUGCUUCAGUUUACAAAUUGGGCUCCGAAAGGCACUAUAAAAUCAAUACUCAUCGAAGUGCAAAUUUUGUACAUCAUCUUGUAGAGGUGGAUAGCAAAAAUGGCCAGAUUCGCCUCAAGAAAUCACUCUCUUGCGAUGGGAUUUACUAUCCCAAUCUCUUUACGUUUUACGUAGAUUCUACGUCAAAUAUGCUCAGAAGCAUUGACUACUACAGUUUACCGCUUCGGGUGUUCAUUUCCGGGAAGGAAUGCAAUGAUGAGAGGCGUCUUGAGCUGUUUGGGAGAGCUUUUGAGGAGGACGAUCACUUCAGGGAAAGGCGUAGUUUCGAGGAAGACGAUUUUCGGGCAUAUGGUGAAUAUCGCGGAAAUAACUUUCACUUCUACAAAAACGAUUUUCCUUGGAUGUUUCGGAUGUCAGAGGUAGAAAAUGCAACUAACUACCGAAACUUCCGGGAGGGAGAUGUCCUUUUUGACAGUCAAGUGUCCAAUAAUCUCCGGCAUGAGAUUAUUAAUCGCAAAAGGAGACAUCUUGAGGAGUCUCUAGAUCAGAGAAUGCACAGAAAGAUUGCUGAUGCUAAACAAUGGGUUUCAGAGACCUACGCAUCCUACGCUAUUCACAACACAGACAAAUGGAACAAAAUCUGUCUGAAAAAGAGUCAGUUCAUCAAUUCCCUCAAUGCUUUCCUUCCCAAAUCUGUUCAGCAAUCCUGCAAAGUUACCUUCCUUGAUGUUGGCGAUGAAAGAUUCAAAAUCGAACAGCAGAAUGGGGAUCUCGUUGCAAGCCGGGAUCAUUGCAUCUUCGAACCAAUGUGGAAGGUCAUCGUAACCCUCAGUGUCCGAUGCAACAGGAUGGAUCUCGUAGAUGCUGAUCACAGGCUCAAAAUCGUCUACCAUCAUCAGGAAUUCAAUGACACGGACAUUGCCAGGCGAGUUCGAAGGGAGCUUCGGAAUCAGAGCCCCUACUUUGAACAAGCCCUAUAUUUGGCUUCCGUGCUUGAGGAACAACCUCCUAACGCUAUCGUGACAACUGUGAGAGCAAGGGAUCCUGAGGAUUCUCCUGUGGUCUAUUCAAUGGUUUCCCUGCUAGAUUCGCGGUCUCAGUCAAUGUUUAAAGUAGAUUCAAGGACCGGGGUCGUAACUACGGCUACGAGCUUGGAUCGAGAGCUGAUGGAUGUGCAUUAUUUUAGAGUUGUAGCAACUGAUGAUAGUUUUCCACCGAGAUCCGGAACAACGACACUUCAGGUGAAUGUGCUGGAUUGCAAUGAUCAUUCUCCCACGUUCGAGGCUGAGCAGUUCGAUGCGUCAAUCCGGGAGGGAGCUACUGUCGGAUCAACUGUGAUUACCCUUCGAGCAACUGAUCAGGACUUUGGGAAAAAUGCCGAGAUUGAGUAUGCAAUUGAGAGUGUGACUGGAGGAGGCGUCACGACGCACGAGCAGGAUGCCCAGACCUUCCGGAUUGAUGGUCGGAGUGGGGUAAUCUCCACCCGGAGUGGUCUGGACAGGGAAACGGCGGAAGUGUACACGCUAAUUGUAAGUGCAACGGACAUGGCAUCGCCGCAGAGCGAGAGGAAAUCCGCCACGGCGACCGUAGUUGUGAAGGUGCUCGAUGACAAUGAUAACUAUCCGCAAUUCAGCGAGAGAACCUACACGAUCCAAGUGAGUGAAGAUCAAUGGGGCGACAACAACGUGGUGGCUCACAUCAAAGCCACCGAUGCUGAUCAGGGGAAUAAUGCGGCGAUUAGGUACGCCAUUAUUGGCGGUAAUACUCAGUCGCAAUUCUCCAUUGAUUCUCUGAGUGGAGACGUGACUCUGGUCAAACCGCUGGACUACGAAAAUGUCCGGAGUUACAGACUGGUGAUUCGAGCUCAAGACGGUGGAAGUCCUUCCAGGAGCAACACAACGCAAUUGCUGGUCAACGUGUUGGAUGCUAAUGAUAAUGCUCCGAGGUUCUACACUUCGCAAUUCCAGGAAGCUGUCCUGGAAAGCGUACCUGUUGGCUACAACAUUGUACGCGUUCAGGCCUACGAUUCGGAUGAAGGUCAAAAUGCCGAGAUUACCUACAACAUACUCGAGAGGGAAGAUAACUUCCCGCUGGCUGUGGAUCCUAGAACGGGUUGGGUACAUACCCUUAGACCGUUAGAUAGGGAAGAACAGUCUAGAUACAGUUUUCAAGUAGUUGCCGUAGAUGGAGGAAUUCCUCCGAAAUCUGCCAGUACUUCAGUCGUUGUUACUAUUCAAGAUGUCAAUGACAAUGAUCCGGUCUUCAGUCCCAAAUACUACGAGGCUACAAUUGGGGAAGAUCAACCCCUUGGGACUCCUGUUACUACGGUUACUGCUACGGAUCCAGACGAAGAUUCUCGGCUUCAUUAUGAAUUAUCAUCGGGAAAUACUCGAGGUAGAUUUGCGAUAACUAGCCAGAAUGGAAGGGGACUGAUUACAAUUGCUCAACCCUUGGAUUAUAAGCAAGAACGACGAUUUGUCCUUACGGUUACUGCAACAGAUUCGGGAGGGCGAACUGAUACAGCUACAGUUAAUGUUAACAUUACCGAUGCCAACAACUUUGCUCCGGUUUUUGAGAAUGCUCCAUAUACUUCUUCGGUAUUUGAAGAUGCACCUGUAGGAACUACGGUCCUUGUUGUUUCUGCAACGGAUAGUGAUGUAGGAAUCAAUGCUCAGAUCACUUACUCCCUGAAUGAUGAGACAGUUAAUGGUUUAGGUGCAAGUGAACCAUUUACUGUUAAUCCUCAAACUGGAGCUAUUGUAACGAAUGCUCCUUUGGAUCGGGAAACAAUUAGCGGGUACUUGCUUACGGUUACGGCUAAAGAUGGUGGAAAUCCUUCUCAUAGUGAUACGACGGAUGUCGAAAUAACGGUUACGGAUGUCAAUGAUAAUCCUCCAGUAUUCAAAGUUCCAGUAUAUCAAGCUUCUAUUCCUGAGGAUGCUUUGAUCGGAACUUCUGUUAUACAGAUUGCCGCUACAGAUCUCGAUCAAGGUAUCAACGGUAGGAUCAAGUAUGCCCUUAGUGAUAAAGACAAGGAGGACGGAUCUUUUGUUGUGGAUCCUACGUCCGGAAUUAUAAGGACUAACAAGGGCCUAGAUCGAGAGAGUGUACCUGUCUAUCACCUUACAGCUAUUGCCGUAGACCGCGGAACGCCAUCACUUAGUAGUUCAGUUGAGGUUCAAGUAAGGCUAGAAGAUAUCAAUGACUCCCCUCCGACUUUUGAAUCCGACAAGAUCACACUUUACGUAGCUGAAAACUCGCCUGUUGGAUCAGUUGUAGGAGAGAUCCAUGCUCAUGAUCCCGAUGAAGGAGUGAACGCUCUUGUUCAGUAUUCAAUUAUUGGAGGGGAUGAUUCAAACUUCUUCAAUCUCGUUGUAAGGCCAGGAUCUGAGAGGGCACAACUCGUUACCCUUACAGAGCUAGAUUACGAGUCUCCGAAGAAGAAGUUUGAACUUGUUAUUAGGGCAGCAAGUCCUCCUCUGAGAAACGAUGUUCAUGUUGAGAUUUUGGUGACAGAUGUCAAUGACAACGCUCCAGUUUUGAAAGAUUUCCAAGUGAUCUUCAAUAACUUCAGGGAUUGUUUCCCUAGUGGAGAGUUCGGAAGGAUUCCAGCAUUUGAUGCAGAUGUUACUGAUAAACUGAACUACAAGAUCCUAUCGGGAAAUAAUGCUAACCUUGUUAGGUUGAACUCUUCAACUGGUGGGAUGGCCUUAAGCCCACAGUUGAAUACAAACGUUCCGAAGUUCGCAACAAUGGAAGUUUCGGUAACGGAUGGGAUCAAUGAAGCCAAGGCAAUAAUGCAAUUGGUCGUGAGAUUAAUAACUGAAGAUAUGCUCUUCAAUUCUGUUACUGUUCGACUUGAUGAAAUGACAGAGGAAGCUUUUCUUUCACCUCUGUUGAACUUCUUCUUGGACGGUUUGGCUGCAAUCAUCCCUUGCCCAAAAGAAAACAUUUUCAUCUUCUCUAUCCAAGACGACACUGACGUUAGUUCCAGAAUUUUGAACGUCAGUUUCUCAGCUCGGCGUCCAGACUUAUCCCAUGAGGAGUUCUAUUCUCCGCAAUAUCUUCAGGAGAGAGUCUAUCUCAAUCGUGCUAUUCUGGCUCGGCUGGCAACAGUUCAUGUGCUUCCAUUCGAUGACAAUAUUUGCGUAAGAGAGCCAUGUCUCAACUACGAAGAGUGCCUGACAGUCCUGAAGUUCGGCAAUGCUUCAGGAUUUAUUCAUAGCGAUACUGUGCUCUUCCGCCCGAUAUAUCCAGUUAACACAUUUGCUUGCCGUUGCCCUGAAGGAUUUACUGGAAGUCGAGAACAUUAUCUUUGCGAUACUGAAGUAGAUCUCUGUUAUUCCGAUCCUUGUCGGAAUGGAGGAACUUGCGUUCGCCGAGAAGGGGGCUACACAUGUGUAUGCGGAGAGGAUUUUACAGGUUCCGAUUGUGGAAUCCCUGUAAAGUCACUGCCUCCUUGCACUGCCGAAGUUUGCGAAGGUGGUUUCUCUUGCAUUUAUGGAAAUAUUAGUCCUCAUCACCCACCUUACACUUCAACUUGCGAACUAAAGUCGAGAUCCUUCUCUAAGAAUUCGUUCUUGACAUUCAACAGCCUGAAGCAGAGGCACAGAUUUACGCUGAAAAUGAAAUUCGCCACAGUACACGAAAACGGAUUACUGCUCUACAAUGGAAGAUACAACGAACUCCAUGAUUUCAUAGCUUUGGAAAUUUUGUCGGGAAAAGUGGUUUUCUCUUUUUCUUUGGGUGAUGCUGUUGAAAGUGUAACUGUUAACAAGGAAACUAAGGUCUCUGAUGGACUCUGGCAUACAGUAGAAGUAACCUACUUCAACAGAACUGUAGUCCUUGCAUUGGAUGAUUGUGAUACAGCUCUGGCUCUCAGUGGAGACCUCGGUGAUCGCUGGAGUUGUGCCAAUCAGACGACACUGAAGUUAGAUAAGCGUUGCACAUCACUCACAGAAUCCUGCCACCGAUUCCUGGACCUAACAGGACCUCUACAACUUGGAGGACUUCCGAAAAUUCCAGCUCACUUCCAAAUCCAAUCGCAUGACUAUAUCGGUUGCAUUUCUGAUUUCUACAUUGAUAGGAAGUUUGUUGAUCUCAAUUCAUACGUUGCGGAUAAUGGAACUGUAGCGGGAUGUCCUCAGAAAGCACCAUCGUGUGCUUCAGAGCCAUGCUUCAAUGGAGCGACUUGUCAUGAAGGCUGGGGUGUUCAUCUAUGUGAAUGUCCUGAAGGUUUCACAGGGAAUGCUUGUCAGGAAUCUGUGCCACCACCUUGGAGAUUUGCUGGAGAUGGGGUUCUCAGUUUCAAUCCCUUACUGAGACCUAUUCAGUUACCAUGGCUCACUGCCCUAUCGAUCCGGACUCGUCAGAAAGAUGCUUUCUUGAUGCAGAUCCAAGUAGGACAGAACAGUUCUGCAAUAGUUAGUCUCAAGGAUGGGAUCCUCCACUAUAUCUACAACGGAGAACCUAUGUUUCUAUCUGGAGUCACGUUAUCGGACGGAGAGUGGCAUAGGAUUGAGAUCAAAUGGCUAGGAAUGGAGAUAUCCUUAUCAAUUGAUUACGGUCAGAGAACAGGAGUUGUUCCAAUGUCCCAGAAAAUUCAGGGACUUUACGUUGGAAAGAUCAUUAUCGGUGGACCAGAUGGUGUGACCCCUAGUCUAGCUAACUUUGGUUAUUACGAGGGUUGCAUCCAAGAUGUAAGAAUUGGCGGGCCACAGUCUGUUCUCAAUCGACCUACUAUGCGAGAAAACGUUAUUGAUGGAUGUUCUUCAGCUGCUCAGUGUCCAGAUUUCUGUCCGGAUCAUUCAGUUUGCGUAACUAGUUGGGAUGAGGCUCACUGUGAGUGUUUACCAAGCUUCGUAGGAAGCGAAUGUGCUCCUAUCUGCACAGUUAAACCUUGCAGCUCUGGGAUAUGUCGUGUUGAUGGUGAAGAUCGCAAGGGAUAUCAUUGUGAGUGCAAUUCGACUUUUAGUCAUGGCGAAUACUGUGAACUUCAGAUCCAGCAGCCCUGUCCCGGUGGCUGGUGGGGUGAAAGAGGCUGUGGACCCUGUCGAUGUAAUCUCAAACAAGGUUAUCAUCCUGACUGCAAUAAAACCACUGGACAGUGCUACUGCAAGGAAAACCACUAUCAACCGGUUAACGAGACUGCUUGCUUGCCUUGUGAUUGCUAUUCAAUAGGUUCGUACAGUGGAUCCUGCAAUCGUCUAACAGGACAGUGUGAAUGUCGAGAAGGAGUUAUUGGGCGUAGAUGUGAUUCUUGCUCCAAUCCUUAUGCAGAAGUCACCCUAAAUGGUUGCGAAGUGGUUUAUGAUGCUUGUCCGAGAUCUUUCUCUGCUGGACUAUGGUGGCCUAGGACUCCGAUAGGCCUUACGGCUACUGAAAGCUGUCCAUUGCCUGCUCGUGGUAAAGGUUUCCGGGUGUGUGAUUCAAAUGGCUGGAGCCAUCCGGAUAUGUUCAAUUGUACUUCAGAACCGUUUAUCGAAUUGAGAAAGCAAUUAUCGCAGAUGGAAAAGGAAGAACUAUCUCUCAAUUCAUUUAUUGCUGUCAAGAUGGCGUCGAAUUUGCAGCAAGCUUGUGAGAUUGUUGGUAUGUCUGGUGGCGGAAAGAUGCCCCAGAAUUUAUCAGUGAACUCUUAUGCUGUUGAAACAUCUUUUCUGCCGAAAGAGGAUAUUUGGAGUGACAAUUUCGAAAUGGACUAUCUGACUCAGGAGUUUAGAUUCAUCCAUGAUAGGCUCUAUGGAGCAGACCUUUUAGUAACUGAAGGAAUACUGCAUGAGUUGAUCAACUACGAAAUGAUGCAGAGCGGGUUGAAUUUGAGCCACAGCCAGGAUAAGGAUUUUAUCCGGAACCUAGUUCAGUGUGCUAGUGUCAUUCUAGAUGAGAAAUAUUCUACAGAAUGGAAGAAACUAACUAGCCUUACAAUGAGAGGACCUAAUGAUUUAGUUGACGCUUUUAAUAAAUAUAUGGUUGUCUUGGCUAGGUCCCAACAUGACACUUACACGAAUCCUUUUGAGAUCGUUCAUCAAAAUAUGGUACUAGGACUGGAUAUCGUAACGGCGGAAUCGCUAUUCGGGUACGAACCUCAACAACUGAGCGAAUAUCAUAAGAACAAAGUUAAGAGUCAUCAGUUCACAACAGAAAGUGUUAUCCUUCCGGAUACCAGUUCAUUCCUUCAGCAUUCAUCGCGACAGAAGAUACCAAUUCUAUCUUUUCCAAAGUACAACAACUACAUUCAGGACAAAGCGAAGUUUGAUCUACAUUCAAAGAUUCUUAUACCACUGGAUAUGCUAGGGAUUGCUCCACCAGGAAAGGAUGAGGUAACUCAUUCGGUUUCUGAAUACAGGGCUAUAGUCUCUUAUGCUCAGUACAAGGAUGCUGGGGGUCUCUUCCCCGACAAUUUCGACGACACGGUGACCCGUAGAUGGGGAGUCGAUGUUCAGAUAGCAAGUCCAAUACUUUCCCUAGCAAUACUGGUUCCCAGCACAAAAGAUGGGAAGGAACCCGUCAAGAAGCCCGAUAAGACUGAUCUCAGUGAUAUUGUUAAAAUCCCGUCCAAUGACAUUGAAUUGAUGGAGAAUCAUCAUGAAGAAAUUCCCAAACUCAAUGAGGAGAUCAAAAUAAUGGCACAUGAUAUGGAUGAGGGUAUUCCUAAUUUGGAAAAUACCCCAGAGAUACAUCUUCAAAUGCCCAGUGAAGCACCUUUUGAAUUGGAGAAGCAAGAAAAGAGGAUUCCCGAACCCAUUCAUGGAGAAAAUGAAGCAAUGUAUGAAGAUAGACGGCGACUCUUCAAACGAGAGGUUCUUCAGGAUAGCAAUGAGUCAUCCAGUGAUAUUGAUAGAGCUAACAGCUUGAUUUAUAGAUCUUUGGGAUCACCUCAUCUUCUGCAACCGAUAAAGAUCCAGAUGUGGCUGAACAUUGAUAAGAGUGGAUUUGGUAUUCGAAGCAAUCCUCAAUGUGUUCGAUGGAAUAGCUUUACAAACUCCUGGACACGUAUUGGAUGUCAGACGGAAAUCCCUGACUAUGAACUUGUUGCAGAGGAAUCGGUUCUCUUGAUUAAUUGCUCCUGUACUCAUGUGUCCAACUAUGCGGUUUUGGUGGAUGUUAUUGAUCCGGAAGAUGUGCCUGAACCGUCUCUUCUCGUUCAGAUCUCUUCGUACUCUGCAUUCAUGAUCUCCUUACCGAUACUUCUCGCAGUUCUUAUUGCUUUGGCACUUCUGAGGGGUAUGCAGACGAAUUCUAACACAAUUCAUCAGAAUCUUGUGCUCUGUGUCUUUGUGGCAGAACUUCUCUACUUCGUCACGAUGCAGGCUCGGAAGGAUUUGCUGAAUAAUGAGUUCCCUUGCAAAUUGAUAGCCAUCAGUCUCCAUUAUGCAUGGCUGGCGGCUUUUGCAUGGACAACUGUCGACUGUAUCCACCUGUACAGGAUGCUGACGGAAAUGCGUGACAUCAAUCACGGUCCCAUGGGAUUCUACUUCUCACUGGGUUAUGGCGCACCAGCCAUCCUCGUUGGAUUGUCCGUGGGUGUUAGAGCUCAUGAAUAUGGAAAUAGCUUAUUCUGUUGGUUGUCAAUUUAUGAGGCUGUCGUGUGGUGGCUCGUGGGACCAAUUGCCGGAAUGUCUGUGUUGAAUUUACUAAUACUUUUUGUAUCAGUAAAGGCGGCAUUCACACUCAAGGACCACGUGCUGGGUUUUGGAAAUUUGCGAACACUUCUCUGGCUCUCUGUUGUAUCACUCCCAUUAAUGGGAGUGAUGUGGGUGUUGGCAGUUUUGUCAGCUUCGGAGAAUUCUCAACUCCUUAAUGUAUUGCUAUGUGUUGUGGUGUUUAUUCAUGCGAUUUUCUGCUUGAUUGGCUACUGCAUAAUCAACAAGAGGGUUAGGGAAAAUCUCCAUAGAUCUUUUUUGAGGUGCAUGGGCAGGAAGGUUCCACUUCUGGAUUCGUCUCUUGUUGUCAGCAGCAGUUCACAGAAUGUCAAUCCUAGGAGUCCUGGAGGAUUCUUGGCGGGAAGUUAUGAGACUACGAGAAGGAACAUAGGAAUCAGUGCUUCAUCCACAACUUCCAGGAGCACAGCAAAGACCAGUUCGAGUCCCUACCGAAGUGAUGGUCAACUGAGACAUACUUCCACCUCAACUUCUAAUUACAAUUCAGCCAGUGAUGUGCCAUCUUACUUGAGAGGUUAUGAGGGUCGGCAGAAAGAAGGUAAACCCAAUGCAGAGAAGUAUCGCAGAAGAAAGGAUUCAGACUCAGGAUCAGAUACAGAUGGACGAAGCCUAGAUCUGGCUUCGAGUCACUCGAGUGAUGAGGAGGAAUCUCGAGUGGGAGGAAAUACAACAAAUUCCCAUCGAAGUGCUGGAGUCAGUGUUACUCCCUACUUGCCAAAUAUCACAGAACACGUAACCGCUUCAACUCCUCCAGAAUUGAAUGUUGUUCAGAGUCCUCAGCUGUUUCCCAGCUUAAAGCCCACGAUGUAUGCUCCCAGGUGGUCUAGCCAAGUCCCUGAAUCCUACCUCCCAACUCCAGCAAAUCCCGGAAGAUGGUCUCAAGAUACAGGAUCUGAUAACGAAGUCCAUCCUCACAAGGCCAAUUCUCCCAAUCCUCUACCCAACCCUGACCUCACAGACACUUCCUACCUCCAUCCACAUAGCAAAAUGAACAUGCCUCCGUCAAUCCUCGAGAACAUAGCUGAGAACUACAAUCUCCAAUCGACUGACGCCCAAAUGUACGACAAUGAGAGGUACAAGUACGAGAUGGACAGAGAAAGUCUCUAUGGGCGCAAGAAGGACUACCAGGACAACUACGGAGACUACGACACCGGAGCCUACAUGCAGAAUAAAGUCCCUUACGCGUCUGGGAGUGAAAAAGACUACGGAUCGACGCAGAUUGUCAACCACAUUCGCCCUUAUCACAAUCACCACGAGAACCCACCGUUUCUCCAUGAUAGAACUCAUGGAUACCUAGGGAGCCAGACUGGAUCUCCCUACAUGUCCAAGGAACACAUUGCUGCCGAACUGUACAGCCCACGAGAGAGUCACUACGCUCUGAAGUCUCCUCCAAUCUACGGAGAGCCCAUGCACAGUGUUCACACGAUGCUGAAAAACGACUAUCAGCAUCGUGCUGUGGACUACCAUUCAGACCGAAUGUCAGAGACAUCGGACAAGAACUCCUACAAGUUUCCCUUCAAUGCCGAAGAGGAUCACUCCACGUGUUCAAUGCCAGUGAAUCGCCUUCAUGGUGUCAAUGACAUCAACAAUCCUGGCAUCUUGCCAUCAAGUCGGCUUUCGUCUCGCCACGGAUCGAGAGCCUCAUCGCCACCCACAGGAGGGGUGUCCGUGGCCCCUAUGCAACCCCUAGCACCACUCACAAGCAUCACAGACACCAGCGAGAAGGCUACUGAUGAUGCUGAGACAACUGUUUGAUGAUCAACAUUAUGAGUAAAUUAAUUAACUUUUAAGGACUGUUUAAUUGUAACAUCCUGAGGGAAUUUAUUUACAUGUCACAUUUUAUGAAAGGAAAAAGAGAACGAACAAGGGUACAAAAUGGACAAAGAAUUAUGGCAAAAAUUCCCUCGGCCAUUUGACUGUUUUUAAAGCAUUUUUAUUUUAAGAAAUUUAUAUAUUUAAUUUUUUUUUAUUGUGUAAUUUUAAGUAAAUCGGAAAUUUUGUCAAAUAUUGCCAUUUUAUUGUAUUUUGUUUAGAAACUCAUUUUUUUAUUAAAUAAAAAGAAAAUUUUCUAAGUAGCUAAGGACGUAAGAAAAUUAAUGUAAAUAUUCUGUACUGACUGCAUUUAAGGAUUUUUGUAAGGCAUGUGACGAAGGUGUCGAAAAAACAAUUUCUUUGAGCAUUAUUCACAUUUCAUGAAAUAUUUGAUCGAAAAAAAAUGUUCUAAUCGCAUGUUGUCCUCUGAUUGGCUACAACUUGAAAGGAUUUAAAGCAUUCAAAAGCUUUAGCCAAUCGAAGAAGGUGAUACGACUAAAAUUCUUGCUGGGGUUAAAUAUUCAAUUAGGGGAGCGCGGCAAUAUUUCGGAUUCGGACAGAUUAACUUUGAAAAGUAUAUUUAAUUAUAUACCAUUGUUUGUUUCUAAAGUAAUACUUAUUACAUUGCAAAGGACGAAUGGGAAAAUAGGCAUUGCUCUUAGUUAAAACAUCGGACACUUUAUUAUGGAGAAAAUGUAAUAUCGUCCACUUUUCGUGAAAUUUCGUACAGUAAGCGUUUGCUCUUCCGGAAUUUUUCCAAGAAUUAUCUUACAGUGUUUCAUUAGUAGACGCUUUUUGUUUCUUUAGACAUUGCACAACCUGAAAAUGAAAAAAAAAAAACAGAAGAUUGUGGAAUUUUGAGAAAUUAAGAAACAAGUGGACGAUAUUAGAAACAGACUAACUAGAGAACCGCUAAUAAAAGGUGUUGUCCUAUUUAUUUCCAUUUAAAUCCUAACCCGCUUUUCCGUGCUAUAGUCUUCAAGGCAUCCGAGUCAAAAGUGGACGAUUUUCAAUGGGAUAAUCCCUAAAAUUUAUAGAAUAUUACGUAUAAUUUUUAUGGAAAAUUCUUAUAAAAAAUCACAGAAUAAUAACGAAAGAAAGAGCCAGUUGGACAAUUAUAAAUUGGAGAAUGUCAAUCUGUGGUAUUAAACAGCUUUGAUUUGUUCUGCUUCGCAGUUAGAAAUUUCUGUACUUUAACUUUUCCGUCGUAUGUUGCUUGCAAGAAUUAUAGAAUUAGGGUGAAAACUCCGUGCAGUACAAGCGCGGAUUUUUUGCGUUCAGUUCCAUGGAGUCUUGGUUGGCGAGAAAUAUAUCAGAAACUAAAAUUGAAAUAUUCUAAGGAAAUUUUGAAUUAAUUUUUAAUGAAGGUUCUCUUAUGUAAGUUAGAUUUUUUCAAGGAAAUAUACUUGAAAAGAUAUAUACAACAGAAUAAUGAGUAUAUUCCAUGGCUUUUUCGUUUAAAGUAGAGAGCGGCUAUUCAGCUACAGGGACUACGUGAAACCCUUUUAAACUGAAGUUUCAGUGAAACAAUUUUAAUCAAGGGGUGAAUAAGGAGUUUUUAGUGCAAAUUGCCAGAUCGGCGUCGAUCUGGAACCAAAAAUCGGCAGAUCGGCACCGAUUUGGGGAAGUGGAAAGCAACUAUUCGGCUAUAGGGACCACGUGAACUCCUUCUAAAGUCUCAAUGAAAAAAUUUUAAUCAAGGAGUGAAUAACAAGGGACUCUCAGAGUAAAUUGACAGAUCGGCGCCGAUCUGAAGUUUAAAAAUUGGAAUCACAAAUCAGAAGGUCAAACCGUCAAACCGAUUUAGUUGAACUAUUGGCAGAUCGGUACAAUCUUUGCAAAAGAUCAUCAGAUCGGCGCGGGAGCGAACCUUAAGCAAGCGGAACCGUUAUUUACCCUUUGAUUUUACAGUAGACUCUCUCAAAUUCGGGCAUAUGGGACCGAAAUGUCAGCCGAAUUAGACAGAAAUUCGGGCUACAAAGUUUUUGAAAUGCAACGAUUUUUUAUUCAUGUGCAUAUAGAUAUUGAGUUUACACACAAAUAUAUAACGUAAAUUGCAUGAAAAUCUCUCAAUAAUGCAAAAUCACAUCAAAACUAUGACAAACCAUGCUAAAUUUGAGCAUAUUUGAUUCAUUUGAUAAUCAUAAUCAAAUUUGAAAAAUAAUAACAAACUUUUUUCAAAUGUAACCGCUGCCCGAAUUAAAAAGUAGCCCGAUCUUAAAAGAGCCGAUUUUUCGAGAGUCUACUGUAAUUCAAAUUUAAUUUAAAAAUGAACGUAAUUUGUGUUGUUUUUAUAUUAAUGAAUACUUAGAAGAAAAGUACAAUUCAUAAAAUAUUCGAAAUUUGAACUUAAAUCUAUAAUUUUACCCAAUUUAUUUGUAUUGUACGAUAUUACACUCAAAAUGAACACCAGUUCAAGUUGUCCGAAAUAAUGCUCUGUUCCCCUACAUGUGAAUAAUGCCUUAAGGAAAACUUAUCAAAAUUCGGAAAGGAAAUUUUAGAGCGAAAGGAUAUUAGUAAAUAAGGCUAAUUUAAAUGGAAAUUGCUCAGACAAUUCAAUGUAAAAUUUCUUCUUGAAAGACUUUUAAACAACUUUUCAACAUAUUAAAUGUCAUAUUUCACUGUAAAAUUUUUGAAAAAAAUAAUCUGUGCUUCUUAAAUCAUUCCUUAUAUUUAUAAUUCCCAAGAGAGAUUGAAAGACAUUCCAUUGAAUUAAUUCCAUUCCAUUUUACAGUAAAUAGUGCUAAAAAGAGGAAAAUGAAAGAGUGCCUCGAGUUUAGUUAAUGAGAGAUGUGUAUAGAAAAAAAAUAAUAAAUUUUAAAUAUCUUGUAUACUUUUUAUAUACAAAAAGCUCCAAGCCCCAGGAUAGAAAAAAAAACUUUGCUCCCUGAAGCAUGGUUGUACAUUUAAUUUCAUAUUCCUUUUGUGCAAUGAUUCUUCCUUCUUCCUAUUUAAAUAGUCUUUGGAAAAAAAAAGAAUAUAACAUUCCACUUGAUAUUCAUUACGAAUGAGUUGCUUAAUCUUGUCAUGCAAUCUAAAAAUGAUGAAAAAAAUGUACAGUGCAUGUUGUGGAAAUAAAACUUUUCUUUGGAGAAAAUUCAUAUUUAAAAAUGCUGUCAUAUAAAAUGCUAAACUCCUGGAUUUAAAACAUGACUAAGAGAUGGAAAGAAUAUUAAAUUGUGAUUUUAUAUUUGUAUAUUAUAUAUACACAAAUAAAACAUUUAAACAAUUUCCCAA